GAGAGAGAGAGCAUAAUGGAGAACAAGAAGCAAGGUAUAGUUCAAAGACACUCCAACAAGUUUCUUCAACUUUGUUUUGCUCUGCUACUACUCUCCACCUUUGCCUUCUUUCCCUUGUGCCAGUCCUUUGACUAUGGCGAAGCUCUCUCCAAGGGCCUCCUCUACUUUGAAUCUCAACGUUCUGGCCACUUACCACACAACCAAAGAGUCACUUGGCGACACCAUUCUGGCCUCACUGAUGGUCUUGAACAAGAAGUGGACUUGGUGGGAGGGUACUAUGAUGCUGGUGAUAAUGUGAAAUUUGGUUUGCCUAUGGCUUUUACUAUAACAAUGUUGUCGUGGGGUGUCAUUGAAUAUGAGGGAGAGAUUGUCGGUGCCGGCGAGUUUAGUCACGCGCUGGAGGCGAUCAAGUGGGGGACUGACUAUUUCAUCAAAGCACAUACUCAACCAAAUGUGUUAUGGGCAGAGGUGGGUGACGGUGACACCGACCACUAUUGUUGGCAGCGGCCGGAGGACAUGACAACUUCACGGCAUGCUUACAAGGUUGAUGCCAACAACCCGGGGUCGGAUGUUGCAGGUGAGACAGCGGCAGCAAUGGCAGCAGCUUCAAUUGUGUUUAGGGAAACUAAUCCACAUUACUCUCACCUACUAUUACACCAUGCACAACAGUUGUUUGAGUUUGGUGACAAGUAUAGAGGAAAGUAUGAUGAAAGUAUUGGUGUAGUGAAGGGGUAUUAUGCGUCUUUUAGUGGGUACAUGGAUGAGUUAUUGUGGGCAGCUUUGUGGCUAUACAAGGCCACUGACAAUGAGGAAUAUUUGGGGUAUGUGUUAGAGAAGGCACAUUCUUUUGGUGGUAUCACUUGGACCAUGACUGAGUUUAGCUGGGAUGUCAAAUAUGUUGGCGUUCAAAUCAUUGCUUCAAUGUUGCUGAUGGAAGAAAAGCACAAGAAACACAAGCAUAUAUUGGAACAGUAUCGUUCAAAAGCCGAGCACUACGUUUGUGCUUGUCUCAACAAAAACAACGUGUCUAACGUGGAACGCACCCCAGGGGGCUUACUGUACAUCCGCCAAUGGAACAACAUGCAGUACGUUUCAUCAGCAUCGUUUCUUCUCACAAUCUACUCUGAUUACCUCCAAGCCUCAAAUCAGAAGCUCAAUUGUCACAAAGGUGAGGUGGGCCCAGAUGAAAUCUUCUCCUUUGCGAAAUCACAGGUUGAUUAUAUCUUGGGUUCUAAUCCAAUGGCCAUGAGCUACUUGGUUGGCUAUGGCCCCAAAUACCCACAAAGAGUUCACCAUAGAGGAGCAUCCACUGAAUCAUACAAAGGGAAUAAAGGUUUUAUUGGGUGCACACAGGGCUAUGAUAAUUGGUAUGGACGGAGUGGGCCCAAUCCUAAUGUUCUCAUUGGGGCCCUAGUUGGUGGGCCAGAUAGUAAGGACCAGUUUAGGGACCAAAGGUCCAAUUUCAUACAAACUGAGGCAUGCACCUAUAAUACCGCCACACUAAUUGGGGUUUUCGCUAAAUUGCAUGGUUUACAAGAAGCUGAGAAUGGUAUCUCUGUGAGUCCUGCUUUAAUUGCUUCUAGCUAAAAAAGGAUAUACAAGGAAAUAGGAGAUUUUGGGUUUCCAUUAAUUGGUUUUGGUGGCUGGGUCAAAACUCAAAAGGUCCACUAACCCAAUGUAUAAACAUUUUCAUGUAUACAAAAAAAGAAAAGAAAAAGAAAUUGUGAAUAAAAGCUAAACAGAGAUAUUUUU